AUGGCCAGCCAACUGACGCCCAUACUUAUUGCACAGGACGAACCCCUCCACACAACCCUCCUCCCCCCACACACCAACUCCCACCUCGACAUGUCCUUCGUCCUCAACUCCUCCCUCGACAUAUUCGACAUGCGCCUACGCCACUCCACCUCCAACAAGAUCCCUCUAACCCAAGAUCUCGGCCUCCUCCACUCCAUCAGCCCCCGCCUCGCAACCUACGGCUUCCUCACAAACACCAACAUCAAAUUCGUCAUCGUGGUGGACAUGCUCGGCCGCAACAGUACCUCGGACACCGCGCUCGACGACAGUGCCGAAGUCGACGCACAGAUCUCCGCGGGCGGGACGGUGGGAUUGCGGGACGCUGAUCUUAAGCCGGCGUGGAAGGCGAUACAAAGCGCGUGGAUCGGGUUAUUGCUGAAUGGGUUCUACACGCCUGAUGUGGGAGGAAGAGGAAGGGGAGGGCAAGAGAUUAAGAGCAAGAAGUUCGCAAGGGAGAUGGAGCGGAUUGGGAUGGCGUGGUACAUGUGGAUCAACUGGAAGGAAGGCAGCAAGGGCUGCGUUAAGGGGCAGGAAGUCAAUGAGAACGAAACGCUGGCGAACUUCGUGGGGAGGGUGAAGCGUUACUGGGGCGAGCCAAAGGAAGACGGCUGGUUCUCGGAGGUCUUCUUUCGGAAGAAAGCCUUGAGCCUCGUGCUGAGGGAGUGCAUGGAGGAGGAAGGGUUGGCGGAACAUCAGAUUCUGGUGAAGGAUUACUUUGAAGGAGGGGAGACGGUGUAUUACAAGGUCUACGAUGAGGAAGGGGUUGAGCACUGGCCGUGGGAUUUUCGUGGUCAGGUGUGUUGA